UAUCUUACUCAAAACCAUAUACAUACACUAUAUACCCAACAUAAUCAUCAAUAAACAAUCCCCACCCUCCUCCCAUUUGUCAUCUUCCAUGAUAUAAAUGCCGAACCUCCUCAAACAUUGCAUAUAGCUAGGCAGAGACAAAAUCACAAUUCACCAACCCAAAAAACAUACAACAGACAAACAUGGAGAUAUUGUCACAACUUUGGUCACUCUUAGGCCUUCUCACAGUUCUUCAAAACAUCUUACCUACACAACUCCUCUCCCUUCUUCACUCCCUCUAUGAGUCCCUCCAGGACUUCAUCUCCCCAUAUUCAUACUUUGACAUCCCUGAAUUUAAUGGCUACUGUGGUGUUGACAUCAAUGAUCUCUACCGCCAUGUCAACCUCUAUCUCAACUCUGUCAAUUCCUCUGCCACUGCCUCCACCUGCCGACGCUUCACCCUCUCCCGUUCCAAGUCAUCCAAUUGCAUUUCCUUCACUAUAGCUCCCAAUCAUACCAUCCACGACUCCUUCAAUGGCCAUUCUCUUUCUUGGACACACCAUGUGGACACUGUCCAGGACUCAUUAGAAGAGAAACGUAGCUUCACUCUCAAGCUUCCAAAGCGACUCCGGCAUUUGCUUCUGUCGCCUUAUAUCCAGCACGUGACAUCACGUGCUGAAGAGUUUGAGCGAGUGUCAAGAGAAAGGAGGCUGUUUACUAACAAUGGCAAUGCUUCAUACGAGUCAGGCUGGGUCUCAGUUCCUUUCCGUCAUCCAUCCACCUUCGAAACUCUGGCUCUUGAGCCUCACUUGAAGAAGCAGAUGAUGGAGGACUUGAAGGCAUUUGCUAGUGGCAGAGAGUUUUAUCACAGAGUUGGACGGGCAUGGAAGAGGGGAUACUUGCUUUAUGGUCCACCAGGGUCGGGCAAAUCAAGUCUGAUAGCUGCAAUGGCUAAUUAUUUGUGCUAUGAUGUUUAUGAUCUUGAACUCACCAAAGUCACUGACAACUCAGAGCUCAGAGCUUUACUAAUCCAGACUAGUAAUCGAUCAAUAAUUGUCAUUGAGGACAUAGACUGCUCCCUUGAUCUGACUGCUGAUAGAAUGAUGAAGGCCACUACUGCUACUGCAACAAGAAGGAAAAGAUCAUCAUCAUCAGGUUAUAAUAAGGACCUGGGUACAGGCAAUGAUCAGUUAUUAGAGGAGAGUGGGCGUGUUACCUUGUCAGGUCUCCUCAACUUCACAGAUGGAUUAUGGUCUUGUUGUGGGGAGGAGAGGAUAAUAGUGUUCACAACCAAUCAUCGAGAAAAUGUGGAUCCUGCAUUGGUUCGAUGCGGGCGGAUGGACGUGCAUGUUAGCUUAGGCACCUGUGGGAUGCAUGCAUUCAAGGCAUUGGCUAUGAACUAUCUUGGGAUAGAGUGGCAUUCUUCGUUUGAUGUGGUAGAGAGCUGUAUACGGUCAGGUGGCGCACUCACUCCUGCUCAGAUAGGGGAGAUAUUGCUGCGGAAUAGAGGGAACAAUGUUGAUUUAGCAAUAAAAGAAGUGGUGUCUGCAAUGCAAGCCAGAAUUUUGAGUACUGGCAGCACUGAACAUCUAAAUACCAGUAUAGAGUAUGAAGAUAUGGCGGCCUUGACAAGAUCACCUCAGAGUGUGUUAACGGUGGGGUCACCGGAGAAUUGGGACUCAUCUCCGGGGAAGACUAAUGGAAAGAAGAGGAAGGCAAAGUUUCUUGUUAGAUUAAGAUCUUUGACCAAGUCUGACUCUGGUAGAAGGGGUGUGUGAGAGUUUUGAUGUACUCUUCUGUUAUAAAACUUUUGAAAAUUGAAACUAAUCUGUCAGCUAAUAAUUAAGUAAAUUAAUUCUUCUA